UAGAAUAAAUUAAUAAAUUCUUGAAGAAUUUUUUUAUUAAAUAUUGUCUACUUAUUCGCGAACAAUGCGAUAUAGUAUACUGUAUAUAGUAUAUCGAAAAGUCAGCAUAUUACGCCAUCUUUAUGGGAAAUAAAAUUGACCGCGUUGUUUUGAUCAUUUACUAUAGCAAAUACUGAAUGAAACGCUUUGAUACUAAUAUCAUACGACCGUUAUUUGCGCUUUCUUCGGAGGGAAGAAAAUAAUAACGCUUUACUGACCAUCCUCAUCUCCUUUCUGUACUAAAUCCAAUAAUAUAUCCAUCGGUGUGCACGGUAUCUAACAAGUCGUAUUACCGGCGUUUUUUGUAACUUGUAAUUUCUGCAAUUUUUGUUCCGUACGUUUGUCCAAAUUCGAAGAUACUAAUUUUUCAAAUUUAAAAUUUCCUUGCAACUCCUUGAACGAUGCUUAAGGAAUCUCCUAUCAUCGGUUCUAUCCAGAUGUACCGAGCAAUGUUUCCGAUCGUUUGGAUCGCUCCGUUUCUCGAUAUUCCCUUGUGCAAUAAGUUUGAUGAAAAUCCAAAAGUGCACGCAGCUCAAGUAAAAUAGAAUUUUGAGAAGAUUCAUGCGCGUUAGUGCAGCGUAUGGAAAAAUUGGGUCGAUGUGCGAAAGAUGGCGGCUAAUGCGUGCUGUGUGUAAGAAAGAUUCGUACUUCCGUAAAUUUUCGCCAAAACAUGAGAAAAUAUGGAAAAACUGAUGUACACGUGUACGGCGCUACUAUACGCGAAAGGUUCAUAGUAUGUUUAUGAAUAUUCAGAUUCUAUGUUUCCUGUUCACGUAAGAGACGUUUGUUUACGGGAAAGUUUGUAUAAUACUUCAACGCGAGGUGAAGUGCUGUAAGGGAAAAAAGGGACCCUAACUUAGACGAGACUGGAGAUAAAGUGUUGCCGGACUUCGGCCCGGUGAGAAGAACAGUAGAGAUGCUGAAACAAUUGCAGAUGGGGAUGAGAGCUUUCCUCUUGAUGGCCUCCCGUGUGUGGACAUGCGUCUGCUUUCUCCUCAAGAAGCAGGUUAGAGCCAUAUCACAAAUGCAACCUGUUAAAUAUGAGAUCUUCCCAUUAUCUCCACUAUCAAGGCAUAGGCUUAGUAUAGUUAAGAGGAAAGUAUUAGUAUUGGAUUUAGAUGAAACAUUAAUUCAUUCUCAUCACGAUGGAGUAGCAAGGCCCACAGUUAGGCCUGGUACACCUCCAGAUUUUAUUCUUAAAGUGACAAUAGACAGACAUCCAGUUAGAUUUUUUGUUCACAAAAGACCACAUGUAGACUUUUUUUUAGACAUUGUUAGUCAAUGGUAUGAGCUAGUGGUCUUCACUGCUUCCAUGGAAAUCUAUGGAGCAGCUGUUGCAGAUAAGUUAGAUAACAACAGGGGUAUUUUAAGGCGCAGAUAUUAUAGACAACAUUGUACACCAGAAAUGGGUUCCUAUACUAAAGAUCUGUCUGCUAUUUGUUCAGAUCUAGCAUCAGUCUUUAUACUUGAUAAUAGCCCAGGAGCCUACAGAGCUUAUCCACAUAAUGCAAUACCAAUAAAGUCAUGGUUUAGCGACGCGGGAGAUACUGCUCUAUUAAGUUUACUUCCAGUUUUGGAUGCACUACGUUUCACGCAAGACGUGCGGUCCGUUCUUUCAAGAAAUUUACAUUUAGAUCAUACAUGGUAGCAUAGUCUGGAUUAAUUAAUAUAUUAGAUUUAUUAGAGAUUGAACUACAAAAACAGAUUAGCGUGUUUAACCUAGGAUUAUUAUUGUUACUGAUAAUAGACGUUAGGAUGCUGCCUGAAUUAUGAGACAAUGAUCCCUUGACCCUGUCCUCAUUUUCUACGCUCGUUAAACAAAAACGGAACCAUAGCGAGUAAGUUUCAAAAAGGGAGUGGGACCUUCAACCAAACUAUUUAUGUCAGCACAAAAAACAUCGUGGAAUAUUUUCGUUACGUUCAUGUGUGGGCAAUAAUAUAUAAGUGUAUAUGUACGUAUAUACAUAUACACACCACACACAUGUAUAUCAUGAUUUCUUAAAAAUAAUGUAUUUGCCAAAGAUCGUGAUUUCGAAGUAACGUAGAUUUAUAUCUCUCCGAAUAAUUUUGUUCUAAGUAAAACUAUAUUGAACAUUUUAAGUACUUUGCCACACAUGAUAAAGAAAAGUGUUAUAUUUUUUGAACGAAUUAUUUCUGUUAUAUAUAAUAUUAUUAAAUCUAGGGUAUAGUGUAACGAAAAGGAAAAAAAAAACAGACAAAAGAAAAGAAAAUAUACUGAGUCACUUUAAGCGGACUUGGCUGUAACUCACUGUAUCAGUGAGGCAGCUAUCCUGAUUAUAUCUAAUAAUAAAAGGAAGUAUUAAAAAAUUACAAAGAGGCGAUUUGAUUUCAUCAGAUUUUUGAGAAGAUUAGAAUUAUUUAAAAUACGAUGUUAAUACGUCAGAAACAUAGGCGAAUAAAGUUACAGUAAAAAAAAGAAAAGAAAAGGAAAACAAUGUAAUCAUAUGCAUAGCUGUAUACUUUGUUCGAUUGUUUAAUCAUCCAAAAGUACUAGUAAAUAUUAUACAAUUUGUACAUACUAUGAGAAAGGAUGUAUUUGUUGUAAGAAACAUUGAUUUGUAUGAAUGAACGGUGUAAUUAAAAAUCAUUAAACAUGAUUUUUACAUAAUAUUUAUAUAUGCAUAUAUACACAUAUGUAUAUAGAUAUAUAUAAAUGUUAAUUUUACUUAAUUAUAAAAUUUUGAUUGAAAAAGGAUAAUGCCCAUGUGCGUAAGAAAAUAAUUUGUUCUCAAAUAAAUCGUAAUGCAAUUGAGAACAUCUGUUUAUUUAUUGACGUGCAUCAAACGAGUUGCUCACGUGGAUUUAUAUUACUAAUUGUAAUUUAAUCCAAAAUAAGAUUGCCAUGGGUAAUAGAUAUAGAUUAGCGCAGGAUUAUACCACACCCAAUAAAAUAACGUCUUUCUGUACAUAAUACGUCUGUAUGUACUUGUAUGUAUGUCUUGCUGUCACAUACAUGCAAAUAUAUGUAUAUGUCAAGGAAAUACUAAUUUUUUAAUUUCAAAUAUAUAGUGCAAAAAAAAAAGGAAACAAUCUGAUGUAUAAAUCUAGUUAAUGGCUUAAUGUGAUUUUGUGUAUCGCGAUUGUCCUUUUAAAUUUAAGUACAGAUUAAAAUGUACAUAUUUAGUUUGUAAAGAUAGUACGUAUUUUUGGUUUGUAUACCUUUCCUAGUACACUGUUAAAUAUUUUUACCAGAUUAUUUGUGUUAUAUAAUAGAUAAUAUCGUACAGCAAUGCGUGCUAGCAUUACGAAGGACAUUAAAAGAACGAUCUUAUUUCUUACACAA